UGCUGGAGCCUCGCAGAAGAAGCGCGAGCGCGGAGGAUGAGGAUGAGGAUGAGGAUGGAUGCUAUACCGUGUCGUCUCGUGUUUUUAGCCCUGUUCUUUGGAGCCAGGAUCCAGCACACAGAAGCCUUACAGUGCUACUGUCACCGGUGUCCGAACCACACGUGUGCCACGGACGGCCUGUGUUACGUGUCCAUCACUAAAUCUGGCGGAGUGACCACACAGCAGAGCUGGUGCAUCAGUGAGAACGAGCUGAUCCCCCGCGACCGGCCCUUCGUCUGCGCUCCCUCCGCCAAACACGACACCGGCGUCUUCCCCAUGUGCUGCGACACCGACUGGUGCAACAAGAACCCCGACCCCAACGCAUUCCCAGUGCCAACGCAGAAGCCGCCGGCAUUGGGGCCCGUAGCGUUUGCGGCCCUGAUCGCGGGGCCCGUGUGUGUGGUGUGUUUCCUGAUGGUCACCGUCUUCUACAUCUGCCACAGCCGCUCGGUCCUCCACCACCGCGUGCCUAACGAGGAAGACCCGUCCAUGGACCACCCCUUCAUCACGGUGGGAACCACGCUCAAAGACCUGAUCUACGACAUGACCACGUCCGGCUCCGGCUCCGGUCUUCCUCUGCUGGUGCAGCGGACCAUCGCCAGGACCAUCAUCCUGCAGGAGAGCAUUGGGAAGGGCCGCUUCGGGGAGGUGUGGAGGGGCAAGUGGAGAGGAGAGGAGGUGGCCGUCAAGAUCUUCUCCUCCAGAGAGGAGCGCUCCUGGUUCCGCGAGGCUGAGAUCUACCAGACUGUGAUGCUCCGGCACGAGAACAUCCUCGGCUUCAUCGCCGCCGAUAACAAAGAUAACGGCACGUGGACGCAGCUGUGGCUGGUGUCGGACUAUCACGAGCACGGCUCUCUCUUCGACUAUCUGAACCGCUACACGGUGACGGUGGAGGGCAUGAUCAAGCUGUCUCUGUCCACGGCCAGCGGCCUGGCGCACCUGCACAUGGAGAUCGUGGGGACGCAAGGGAAGCCUGCUAUCGCUCACAGGGAUCUGAAGUCCAAGAACAUCCUGGUGAAGAAGAACGGCACGUGCUGCAUCGCAGACCUGGGUUUGGCCGUGCGCCACGACUCCGCCACCGACACCAUCGACAUCGCACCCAACCACAGAGUGGGCACCAAACGGUAUAUGGCCCCAGAAGUGCUUGACGAUUCAAUAAACAUGAAGCAUUUUGAGUCUUUCAAGAGGGCAGACAUCUAUGCCAUGGGGCUGGUCUUCUGGGAAAUUGCCAGCAGAUGUUCUAUUGGAGGCAUUCAUGAAGAUUACCAGCUGCCAUACUAUGACCUGGUGCAGUCCGACCCGUCGGUGGAGGAGAUGAGGAGAGUCGUGUGCGAACAGAAACUACGGCCCAACAUUCCAAACAGAUGGCAAAGCUGUGAGGCUCUGCGUGUGAUGGCGAAGAUCAUGAGGGAGUGCUGGUACGCCAACGGAGCGGCGCGUCUCACCGCGCUGCGCAUCAAGAAGACCCUGUCCCAGCUCAGCCAGCAGGAGGGCAUCAAGAUGUAGACCGUUCGCAUUCCCUUUCCCAUCAUCCUUUACGAUCGCAUCACACCCCGUCUUCACGAGAGGACGCAGCACUUUCACUGACGUUUUCCGCAUCCUUGGCCUCGGUCUGAAUCGCGCCGGACUUCCAGAACACGGACUCCGCUCUCACACGGAGCGUCAUGCGCGCGGAAGACGGAUUCUUUUAUUAUUUAUAAGUGGAUCUGAGUUUGUUUUGACUGUUUCUGUGGGACCUCGGUUUGCACCUCGUGUUUAAUUUCCGCUCAUCGCUGCAGCUCUUCAGGUCGGCGUGACUUUAAAUACAUGUUUUCUGUUUUUGCAAAAACAAAACUGGACAUGACCUCAUUCAGUCUUGGCGAACAUGCUGCGACAUAUGCAAUACAGAUAAAACCUAUCGACUUUAUAUUUUUACUGCUCUGCUACAACAACUACGAUAACAACCAUGCCUUCCAAGCCAGGUGUUACCAGAAAGUGCCACUGCUUUGAACCAACUAACCAACCCACCCACCCACCCUCACGGUGCGCUGGGAUCCGCUGGUGCCAUCCUUCAUUCUCUCUGCCUCUCAUUCUCUGAGGAUGCAACAACAAUCAGACCUCUUCAUUUACAGCUGGAGCUUCUCUGCACGUCGGUGCUGCGGUCGGUUACAGACGACCAGAAGGUUGGAAGCGUUACCUAAAGUUGCCCGAACAUAGGAUUAGAACGUUCUCAAUAUGCAUCGAGGUGCAUUCAUAUAGAAAAUGGAUAUUUACUAAGCCAUAGGUUUUCCAACAUUUUGUGGCGACUUUUUCUUACAGAAUGUACAAAAUAUCAAGGACUGCUUUGAAACUCUUUGGAGCGAGCCUUAAGGGACCAACGUGGAGCUGGUGUGUGUUUGUGUGUGUCGGAGCGGACUGCAUCAGCACUGUGUGUGUGUCCCGUACAGAAAUGUAGCAGCGGUUGUGUGUGGACGCAUGUGAAGCGCAGUGCUCUGCUGUCUAGAGGAUCAGAGCUGAUGGGAUCCGAUAGUCGCUCGUGAAUGAAGAGCGAAACGAGACGCUCAGCUCAGCUCGACAGCGUGAUUUUCUCAAGGUAUCAGUUUCUGGUGCUUAUUUAAGCAUGCAACUUGAGAUUCUUAUUUAUGUGCAUCUGUACGUUUGAGGCUUUUUCACGGGUCUUUAUAAUCGGACUAAAGGCCCUGAAUAUCCAAGGAAUGUUCAGAGAUCAGUGCAGGUCAAGAUCAGGCCACAGCAUUUGCGUUUUAAUGUUGAUUAGCACAAAAAAUAAAUAUAAACACAUAAUUAAAUGAAACAUUUGAAAAACAGCAAAAAUCAUGGUUACGAAUCGCACUGGAAUCGGGGCAAUUUUGGAGGAUUUAAAUUAUUAAAAAAUUUUACAUUUAAAGAUUUUGUAAAAACACUACCAGUCAAAAGUUUUUGGAUAGUAAGAUUUUUAAUGUUUUUAAAUAAUUAUCUUCUGCUCACCAAGCCUGCAUUUUUUUGUUAUUUUUUUUUAAUCCAAAAUACAGCAAAAGCAGCAAUAUUGUGAAAUAUUUUUACUAUUUAAAAUAACUGCUGUCUAUUUGAAUAUAUUGUAAACUGUAAUGUAUUUCUGUGAUGCAGCUGUAUUUUCAGCAUCAUUACUGCAGUCUUCAGUGUCACAUGAUCUUCAGAAAUCAUUCUAAUAUACUGAUUUGCUGCUCAACAAACAUUUCUGAUUAUUAUCAAUGUUGAAAACAGCGGAGUACAUUUUUUUUUUUUUUUUUUUUUAGGAUUCUUUGAUGAAUAGAAAGAUCCGAAGAUCAGCAUUUAUAUGAAAUAAAAUAUCUAAAAACUAUACCAUUCAAGCUUGGAGUCAGUACAUGUAAAUCAUUAUAUAUUUAUUAUUAAAUUAAGAAAUAUUAUAGAAAUUAAUACUUUUUAGUUAGCAAGGAUGCAUUAAAUUGAUCAAAAGUGAUGAUAAAGACAUUUAUAAUGUUACAAAAGAUUUCUAUUUCAGAUUAAUGCUGUUCUUCUGAACUUUCUAUUCAUCAAAGAAACCUAAAAAAAAAUGAUUUAGCUGUUUUCAACAUAAUAAUGUUUCUCGAGCAGUAAAUCAGCAUAUUAUUAUGAUUUCUGAAGAUCAUGUGACACUGAAGACUGCAGUAAUGAUGCUGAAAAUACAGCUGCAUCACAGAAAUAAAUUACAGAUUACAAUAUAUUCACACAGAAAGAUUUAGAAAGGAACGUUAAAAAUGUUGCUGUCCAAAAACGUUUGAUUGGUAGUGUCAUUAUUUUGUUAAAUCAUGGGUAUUAUUGGAGCUGUAAAGGAUCAUUUUAAGAUUUUAGCUGAUACUUUAUGGCAACAAAGCUGUAAAAUUGAACAGAAAAUGUUACUAGACAAAGUCAAUUUGUAUUUUUAAGUCUUGUGACAUCUCAUUUGAAACUGCAAGUACCUCACUGGAACCCAGUUUUUUUUUGUUAAAACCAACAUUCUGCCACAAAUGCUGUCAGUUUAUCGAAUCUGCAAUAUUCCUUUCAAUAAAGGUAAAUCGUGUCGUGUGUAGCAUGCUGGUUGCUGAGGCGGAGGGUUUCUGCUCUUCACUGCUAUGCACAGAAACCAGUCUCCUGCAGUUUACAUCACAUCCGUACAGACCUGCUGGAGAUGUUUCCAGCUCGUUUCCUCGGAGGCGGACCGAUCUGGCCUUGUGUUGCGACGCGAUCUCAGUUGUGCUGGGUCUGAGUUUGUUUGAGGGAAGCGUGCCAGUCGUCUUAAGAUUGAGCGAGGGACUCCUGCCACACAUUCAAAUGCACAGUUCCUGAAUGAAGUACUUUUUAAUGUGUGCGUAGGACGUAGUGUCUAUAAAUAAUGUGUACAUGUAUAUAAAUAUGUAUAAUGUUAGUCAGGCUGGUGGCUGUGUGCCGUGUACAGUUUUGGAAGGAGAAAGUGUAAAUUAAACCCAGUUUCACACAAAAAAGCAACGUUCAGUGCUGUCAGAGGAGGACGAGCGAAGGAUUACGCAUCGAUCGGCUCGUUUAAACUCGCAAACUCAGAAAACGAAAAUGAUCAUUUAUUCAUUCUCACGCUGUUCCAGACCUGUAAGAUGAGUUUGGGGAAUGAGAUGGGCUGCUCUUUUACAUGCAAUUCAAAUCAAUCAGUAUCAGGGUUAUUACAGUUCACUAGAACUUAAAAAAAUUGACCUGAAAUAAAAUAUAAAAAAGUAACGUUCCUCAUCUUGAUGUACUAAAAUAACAAAAACUGAAAUAAAAAAUAAAGACAUGUAAAAACAACAAAAACUAAUAAUGACUAAAACUUUAACUAAAAUGAAUGUGAAAUGAGAAAAUAUAAAAAUAAAAGAACUGUAAUACUCAACGAUACUAAUAUAACACUGAUCAGGAUUUGAAGACUGGAUAUUUUAAGUAUGGCAUUAGAUUUAGCACUGGACAUCAACAUGAACACUAGCUUGUGAUUUUGUGAAGCUGAAUCGUAUUUGAUUCAGUUGAUCCAGGUUCAGCAUUCACUGCAGUUGCACAGAAAAGAGCAGCUAGAACAUUCAUCAAAAUAUCUCUUUUUGCAUUCUGUGGUAAAACGCAAGCAUCGGCAUGGUUUGGAACGACACGAGGAUGACUGUCAGCGGUGGGCUUGAAUCACCAGCGUUUAGUAACGUUCUCAUCCAGGUCUGUGUAACUCGACAGAAACCACACCGUUGCUCCUCCGGUUCCUCCCUCAAGGAGACUUUAAUCCACAGCGGCCAUAUUUCCAGCAGAAAGCCCUGACGUGACCCAGACUUCUCCAGCGCCGGCUUUUCAUUCACAACUCUCCAACAGCAAAUUAUGCAGCGUUGCACUAUAAUGCACAAACACGUCAGUACGUCACACCGCGUCAGAUGGACUCAGACGUGAAUGUUUCUAGUGCAAAGCAUAAAUUGGCUCACGGUGAUUUUUAAAGCAGUGGCAUGAAACACACGGGUCUUUCACUCAUUUAUGCAAACGCAUCAUUCUCUCCAUGCUGUUAUUAGAGUUUAAUUACACCGCUAUGCUAUUAUUAUACGGACACUGUGAAAAAGACCCUCGAGGGCCGCGGCAUACGUUUGGAGAAUUCUGGGUCGUUUAAGGGCAGCUGGCGAGUUUCCCAUGGUGCAUUUCACUCGGACGCUGCGCGCUGCUGAUUGGACGGUAGAGGAAAGCUUUAUCGUUUUAUUUGGUGCCUAAGUUUGACUCAGUUUUGUUUUUUAACUCCACUUAAAGUGAUGCACUGCAUGGGACUUAUUUCUAAUGUUUUGCAUCACAUGCUUUUUAAAAACAAUAUAUAUAUAUAUAUAUAUAUAUUAUAAAGAAUAAAAAGAUUUAAUUUCAGUAGGUUUUAAAAGGUCAAAAAGUCAUGAGAAAAAUACCUCCUCUGAAGACCAAUGUGUUUAUACCUCAGUGUAUAUAUUUGAUUUGUUUACUCUGAGUCUGUUUCUUUUGAAAUGCUAAAAUGGCAUUUAAUGUCGGUGGUACUCGUCGAUGGCAUUGUGUUAUUAUUGUAUUAUUGUCCAAACAGUAUAUUCCUCCUUUAAAGCAUUGUUUGGUUUCGUUCUAUUCUUUUUGUGUUCUGUAUGAAUUACAAGUGCUUUACUGAUGUCAUACUGUCCUUUAAUGCCUCCUCAGCUGUAUAGAAAUGCCUUGUACUGUUUCUUUUACAAAAAAACAACAAAAAACCAAGAACAUAAAGAGUGAAACUGAUGUGUGGGUCACUAGAGCAUUACGUGUCGACUCUUUUCUAGUGUGUACAGAUGAGCUGCAUAGGAUCAUAGCGGAGUGAAGAUCGUGUUGCUUUCUAACAUAGUGGAGUAGAGAUGGGUGUCAAUAAAAACACGUUCAAACUUUUA